AUGACCCCCCAGUUCCACAUAUACGAGAUCCUGCGCCACCACUACAGGGACUGGGAUCGACCGCCGGGCAACCCCCACACCACCCUCGAAGCCGCUAUCAACUUCCUCGACGACGCGCUGCUGAACGCGCCUGCAGUCGCCAUGUUGAACAACUUGUUGUCCAGUCAGCGAUACCCGCUCUUUCGCAGCAGCAGCACUUACGAGUGGGCAUCUGAUUUGAUGAUGGAGCAUUUGAGUGAUGGAAAUUUUAAUGGCACCCUGCUCAGACGGGUCAGCAAACAUUUUCCACUAAACAAAACGGACAACCGCACACUGGCAGACGGUGUUGGUAGUGAUGUCAGAACAACUUCUCCGUCAAACAACUCGCACUCCAGAUCAACAAGCCGUGAUAUUAUUCGGAAAAUAGUUGAUAAAGGACCACUGCAAGAAUCGUCAUCAUCAUCAACAACAUCAUUUUUUCCAUUACCGAAAUCAUUACCACGAGUUUACUUUGCGGUUUUUGAUCAAAGCGAUAGAUCGAGGCAAAGCUGCGGAGUAGAACUGGAUUAUAUGUUCCUUCGCAAAAAUGAUUACAAGAUGAGGAAACCACCAUUGUCGUCAUCUUCGUUAUCAUCUUCAUCAUCACCUUCUUCAUCAUCAUCGCCAUCAACUGCGACGACCUCCACUACAAAGCAGCGUUUAGAUGCUCUCGCCGUUGAAAAACUACAGCAAAAAUUUUAUAAAAAAUUUAUUCAUUAUACAACUGAGAAGCUGCAUGACAUGACAAACACACUUGCAUUCAAGCAUUCUUCUAACAAACAUGAACGAGUGUUGUUGCUGUUCAAUAAAAAGCCUGGCAUUAAUAUCAAUGAGGCGACAUUGGGGAGUUCAGUUGGACUUCCCUGGCUAUGUAGCAACAAAAAAAUUUUCGUUAAGUGUUUAUAA